UCUUGUUCGUGAAGAAGUAGAAGCAUCGAAAGGUUUGGAGAGGUAUUGCAGGAACGGUGGCGACAACGGUGUUCCGAAACCAGAGUGGGUAAGUGGUGGAGAACAAUUACGCGUGGGGACUUCGCAGGCCAUUACAGCCUUCUUGGUUUCUGUGGCGAAGCUAGCAUAACUUAAACACGUAGGCUGCGUACGCUGCUUGGCGCGACCGCUGGAACCUCAUCUCCUUAAAGCGGCGGUGUCCGCCCGACUUGGGCAUAAGUAAUCUUGCUGCUAUGCUUCCAAGCUGUAGUCUGAAUCAACCUAAAUUUUAAACAGAAGGUGAACCUCUGAGGUAGAAAAUCAAAUAUAUUUUAAAAGGCAGGAUGUGGGAUCAAGGAGGACAGCCUUGGCAGCAAUGGCCCUUGAACCAGCAACAGUGGAUGCAGUCAUUCCAGCACCAGCAGGAUCCAAGCCAGAUUGACUGGGCUGCAUUGGCUCAAGCUUGGAUUGCCCAAAGAGAAGCUUCAGGGCAGCAAAGUAUGGUAGAACAACCACCAGGAAUGAUGCCAAAUGGACAAGAUAUGUCUACAAUGGAAUCUGGUCCAAACAAUCAUGGGAAUUUUCAAGGGGAUUCAAACUUUAACAGAAUGUGGCAACCAGAAUGGGGAAUGCAUCAGCAGCCCCCACACCCCCCUCCAGAUCAGCCAUGGAUGCCACCAACACCAGGCCCAAUGGACAUUGUUCCUCCUUCCGAAGACAGCAACAGUCAGGACAGUGGGGAAUUUGCCCCUGACAACAGGCAUAUAUUUAACCAGAACAAUCACAACUUUGGUGGACCACCCGAUAAUUUUGCAGUGGGGCCAGUGAACCAGUUUGACUAUCAGCAUGGGGCUGCUUUUGGUCCACCGCAAGGUGGAUUUCAUCCUCCUUAUUGGCAACCAGGACCUCCAGGACCUCCAGCACCUCCCCAGAAUCGAAGAGAAAGGCCAUCAUCAUUCAGGGAUCGGCAGAGAUCACCUAUUGCACUUCCUGUGAAGCAGGAGCCUCCACAAAUUGAUGCAGUAAAACGCAGGACUCUUCCAGCUUGGAUUCGAGAAGGUCUUGAAAAAAUGGAACGUGAAAAGCAGAAGAAGUUGGAGAAAGAAAGAAUGGAGCAACAACGUUCACAAUUGUCCAAAAAAGAAAAGAAGGCCACAGAAGAUGCUGAAGGAGGAGAUGGCCCUCGUUUACCUCAGAGAAGUAAAUUUGAUAGUGAUGAGGAAGAUGAAGACACUGAAAAUGUUGAGGCUGCUAGUAGUGGAAAAGUCACCAGAAGUCCAUCUCCAGUUCCUCAAGAAGAGCAAAGCGAACCAGAGAUGACUGAAGAAGAGAAAGAGUAUCAAAUGAUGUUGCUGACAAAAAUGCUUCUGACCGAAAUUCUACUAGAUGUCACAGAUGAAGAAAUUUAUUAUGUAGCCAAAGAUGCACACCGGAAAGCAACGAAAGCUCCUGCAAAACAGCUGGCACAGUCCAGUGCACUGGCUUCCCUCACUGGACUCGGUGGACUGGGUGGUUAUGGAUCAGGAGACAGUGAAGAUGAGAGGAGUGACAGAGGCUCUGAGUCAUCUGACACUGAUGAUGAGGAAUUACGGCACCGAAUCCGGCAAAAACAGGAAGCGUUUUGGAGAAAAGAAAAAGAACAGCAGCUGUUACAUGAUAAACAGAUGGAAGAAGAAAAGCAACAAACAGAAAGGGUUACAAAAGAGAUGAAUGAAUUUAUCCAUAAAGAGCAAAAUAGUUUAUCACUACUAGAAGCAAGAGAAGCAGACGGUGAUGUGGUUAAUGAAAAGAAAAGAACUCCAAAUGAAACUACGUCAGUUUUAGAACCAAAAAAAGAGCAUAAAGAAAAAGAGAAACAAGGAAGGAGUAGAUCAGGAAGUUCUAGUAGUGGUAGUUCCAGUAGCAAUAGCAGAACUAGUAGUACUAGUAGUACUGUCUCUAGCUCUUCAUACAGUUCUAGCUCAGGUAGUAGUCGUACUUCUUCUCGAUCUUCUUCUCCUAAAAGGAAAAAAAGACAUAGUAGGAGUAGAUCUCCAACAAUUAAAGCUAGACGGAGUAGAAGUAGAAGUUACUCUCGCAGAAUUAAAAUAGAGAGCAAUAGGGCUAGAGUAAAGAUUAGAGAUAGGAGGAGAUCUAAUAGAAAUAGCAUUGAAAGAGAAAGACGAAGAAAUCGGAGUCCUUCUCGAGAGAGACGUAGAAGUAGAAGUCGCUCAAGAGAUAGGCGAACCAAUCGGUCCAGUCGCAGUAGGAGUCGAGAUAGGCGUAAAAUUGAUGAUCAACGUGGAAAUCUUAGUGGGAGCAGUCAUAAGCAUAAAGGUGAGGCUAAAGAACAAGAGAGAAAAAAGGAGAGGAGCCGAAGUAUAGAUAAAGAUAGGAAAAAGAAAGACAAAGAAAGGGAACGUGAACAAGAUAAAAGAAAAGAGAAACAAAAAAGGGAAGAAAAAGAUUUUAAGUUCAGUAGUCAGGAUGAUAGGUUAAAAAGGAAACGAGAAAGUGAAAGAACAUUCUCUAGGAGUGGUUCUAUAUCUGUUAAAAUUAUCAGACAUGAUUCUAGACAGGAUAGUAAGAAAAGUACUACCAAAGAUAGCAAAAAACAUUCAGGCUCUGAUUCUAGUGGAAGGAGCAGUUCUGAAUCUCCAGGAAGUAGCAAAGAAAAGAAGGCUAAGAAGCCUAAACAUAGUCGAUCGCGAUCCAUGGAGAAAUCUCAAAGGUCUGGUAAGAAGGCAAGCCGCAAACACAAGUCUAAGUCCCGAUCAAGAUCAACAACCCCUCCCCGUCGUAAACGCUGAGGAAUGAUGUGGCAAGAAUGCCAUGAUGUUUAAAAAAUUCCAUGAGUUUUAAGGGCUUGUCUCAUUAUAGAGGCACAUUGUGGCUGUGUAGGUGAAACCAGAAUCUUUUUUUUUUUU